UCAUGGUGCCAUUUGCAAACCUGAAGGUCUCUGUUGGUGGAAAGGACAAUAUUUUGGAGGGCGUUGCAGAUAGUAUACAUAUGCUGCAUGAUGCAAUAGCUUCUGAUGCAGCGCGACCGAAGACGGAAGAUAUUGAGCAUUCCUUCGAGAACUUCCAUUCCAGCCGUAUAAUCGGAAGAAUAAUAAUUGACUGUCCUGCAUUUGCUGUCACUCUCUGGGAAAAUGCUCUUGAAGGGAAGUGCAAGCUAUGGGCUGAUGGACACAGUUCUAAGGUGGUUGCAGCAUUUCUGGAAUCUCCAAGUCCCAAUGUGAGGUGUCUUGCAAAAUCUGAGCUGCAGCCACUGAUUGAUUCUGGCAUGUUGAAAAUCCCAGACCAUAAAGCAGUGGAGAAAUGACAUGCUUUCUGCACGCAGAACUUUUUGCAUCAGUAGCAGUAGAAACACAGCGGACAUCCAUUAUUGUGCAAUGGAUGAUUCUCUUAAUAACAUUCUGCUAAGCAAUUGUUGUCACUUGAGUGUACCAUUGAGUUAAACUGCCAAUAGUCUUGUGUACCCUAUAGGAUAAAGCGGAGCUACUUUGCUGUAAACGUAUCGUACUCAAGUUGCAAAAGUUCCAUUUUCUUUGUAUUCUUUUACUUAACGAUUGUUUGAAUGAUGAGUAGCUGACUUAA